AUGAUUGUCAUCAUCCUUUCCAUUCUCUUCUUCUCCGUACCCCCCCUCUCAUCUCUCUUUCCCACCCAUGCCGAUCGCCGCCGCCCUCCGCUUCCUCCAGGGCCAAAAGGCUGGCCUUUGGUCGGCAACCUCCUCCAACUGGGCACCAAGGUACACCAAGCUCUUCAGCACCUAUCAAAUUCUCAUGGUUCUGCCGGCCUCCUUCGUCUCCGCUUAGGCACUGUCGAUGUCAUCGUCAUAUCCUCCGCCUCCGCGGCCGCCAAGUGCUUUCGCAGCAACGACACCAAACUCAGCAGCCGCCCCCCGAAUUCGAUGGGCAGACACAUUACCUACAACUUCCAGGACCUCGCAGGACAUAUAAUGGCGCCCUACGGGCCGCGGUGGCGGAUGCUCAGGAAGAUCUGCGCCACGCAUCUAUUCUCAACUAAGGUCCUGGAUAGCUUCCAGCACGUGCGAGAAGACGAAUUGGCGACGCUCGUUCGCGACGUGGCUUCAGGGAGGGAUGCGGUGAUUGAUGUGGGAGCGGUGGUCAACACGUGUGCAACAAAUGCUCUGGCACGUGAGUUAGUUGGACGGCGGGUGAUCGUCGGAGGCGAGGAGGCGGCCAAGUUCAAGGAAAUGGCCGCAGAGAUAUCGAGGCUGGCCGGAGAAUUCAAUAUCGGCGAUUUUGUGCCUGGGAUCGACUGGCUUGACCUUCAGGGUUUGAACAGAAAGAUGAAGAAAACUCGUGAAAGAUUUGGGGAGUUCUUAGAAAAAAUAAUUGAUGAUCACCGUUCGAAAGGCUUCAAUCACACUAAAGAUUUUCUAAGUGUGCUUAUUGAGAUGCACGAUAGUGCAAAUGAGGAGCUCGACGAUAUCAACAUCAAAGCAUUGCUCCAGGAUAUGUUCAUUGCGGGAACUGAAACUACAUCGAUUACAGUAGAAUGGAUAUUAGCGGAGCUCAUUCGUCAACCAAAGAUCCUUGCUCGAGCCCAACAAGAGCUAGACUCCGUCGUCGGGCGCAAUCGAUUUAUAUCUGAGUCGGAUCUAUCAAAAUUUCCUUUCCUCCAUUCCAUUGUCAAGGAAACCUUGCGGCUGCAUCCCGCGCUCCCUCUUGCUCUCCCCCGCAUGACGAUUGAAGAUUUUGAGAUCGAUGGCUAUCUCAUUCCCAAAGGCAUUACCGUACUUAUUAAUCUUUGGGCUAUUGGUCGUGAUCCCGCCGCUUGGCCAGAUGAACCCUGCGAAUUCAAACCUGAUCGAUUUGGCUCGAGUUCGCUGCAUGCAAAUGUUGACGUCAAGGGAAACGACUUCGAGUUGAUACCCUUCGGCAUUGGGCGAAGAAUGUGUGCCGGGAUAAAUCUUGGACUUCGAAUGGUUCAUCUCACAACAGCCAUUUUGUUACAUUCUUUUGAUUGGACAUUGCCAGAAGGUAAUAUGGCUCAAAUGUUGGACAUGGAGGAGAGAUUUGGGGGGACUAUGCCCAAGGCAAAGCCACUUAUGGCUAAAGCAAUGCCAAGACUCGCACCUAAUACUUAUCUUUAA